CGCCUUGAAGCUCCAUCGUUGCACUUCCUUCUCCGCCUCCUUCCCCACAACGACGUCGGGGCGACACGAAGCAAUUGGAGAUGGCAAAGCAUCGCAUGAUCGCGCACGAUGGGCAGCGCAGAGACGCCGGCAUGCCCAAUGUCGAGCACGAGGAGCGCCUCGGGACGGCGUGCUUUGCCUUUGUGCUUUGCGCUCGUGGCGGCGCUCGUCGUCGACGUCGUCGUCGUCACUGUCGUGCCCGCCUCGCCCUCGUCCUCGCCGCGCGGCCCGUCCGACGACGCAAAGAGCGGCGCAUAGCUGGCAGCAAACGCCGCUGUUGCGGUUCCCACACACACACGCGCGUGGGGGCACAGUGCGUUUCAG